AGAAAUUCACGUUCCGAAAUAAUGUCAUACAGCGUAUAAUGUAGGGUCGGGCAGUGACAUGAAAUGAAAAACCAGUCGAAUCAAAAAGUAAUUACCUUGAAUUCAAUUAAACGAGAAUGUUCAUGCUUGUUGCAUGACUUAAAUGCAGCUCUACUUCUUAUUUUUGCUUAGCAUUGUACCCACGUUGUGAAUGGGUUGACUCGCCGAUAGGCUGUGACACUUACACCUAUAUUCGUUCACCUUAGCUAAAAGUCAUUCGGUCAAUGGACCAGGUUGUUUUCGCGUUCAUCUUAUGCAGUCUUGGUAGUCAUAUCGCACGAAGUGCAGGGUACCAAAUGAUACGAGAAGCCAAAUAUUUCAAAAAGGGACCUGAGACCGGUGUAUGACCGACUUCUUUUGAAACAAUUAAACUUUUUUCAUCCGUGAAGUAUAAGCGUAAUUUUUAUACGAUUUACGUGAGCUUCUGGCAUUUCCGAACAAAUAUCUACUAACGGUAUGAGAAAACCAUAGUUUCUUUUCAACCUUUUCAACCGCACUUGGAAUAAUUUUAUAUUCACGUUGUACAUCUCUUUUCACAGUAAAACAUGCAUUGUUUGCAAGGUCUAAAGAUCAAGUCUCAUAUCGAAAUCUUUAUUUACCAUGCUUAUAUGACGCAGCUGUUCUACUACUACUAUAUGCUGUAAUAAGCACACCAAAAGUACUUUUGACCUAGCGGGAUCAUCUACAAAACACUCAAUCCUUUAUCUGUGAUAAUUUUUUCGUGACUGCUGUAUGUGAAUGGCAUUUUUGUAUGAAGUUAAAAAUCAUAAGAAAGAAAUUAUCGAUUUCACCAGAGAUAUUUGACCGUAAUAGAAAACGAUGCGAACACUUUCAGUUCUUGAGGAUCUCUUUUCUAAGAAAUUUGUCAAUUAAUCAACCCCUUAUUACGAAAACCUACUACUUUCCACAUCUUAUGCAUUGACUGAGUAUAUACCCAGGUUGAUCAGAAUGGGUAAAAACAUGUUGGUUUCAAAUGAAAAAUGCGAAUAUGAUACAUUUAAAAGUCAUCUACGCUUGGGGUUAUGAGUGCCAUGUGGCGUUUAGCAUCAGCAAUCUCUAUAUUUAUUUAGGUCUAUCAAUCUUCAACUUAAACUUGACUUCUUGCUAUUACUGCCUGUUCCAAAAUCAUUCCAUCUUAGCACAUUUUUUUACAUUCUGAAACUCAAGUGAGUAGUCGGCCAUGCAACACAGCGACCCAGCGUUAUGACGCACAGGAGACUUGAUAAUCGUUCUAUAAAUGUCCAAUAUUUAAUAGCAUAUUUUUGAAUCAUUUUAGUGUUUUCGAGUUGUCUGACCAGAGCGUUAGCGAUUCUGACCUUAGGAACUGCUCCACGCACGAUGUAAUGAGAGCAAACUUUUACACUCGGAAUUACAGAUCCCGUAGUCAAAUGGUAUCCCAAGUUAUGUCGAUCUAGGGUCAUUACAUGGUCCGCGGACAACACUUCGCGAAUAGUAAUAUCACUUGCAGGUAUCAAGUGUUAAUGGAUGUCACCCUCCCCGGCCCCCUAGACACCCGGUGACAUGGCUUGCUACGAUAGUGCAGAAUGGCAGCAGUAGCACAAGUCUACAUGCCUGUACCCAUGGCACACGAUCCUAAUUGCGUUCCCACUCUGGACCAUCGAUGGUUGUUGACACCUGAUCAUGCAGAAGAGAGCUGUAUGAAGAAUUACGCAGAAGCAAAGAAGAUACCUGACCACCUUCUAUUCUUGGAAGAUAUUUUUCAAUGUCCUGACGUGCAGCAGCAUUGCCUCAGGGACGUUCAGCGUCGAGGAUUUACUGACAAGAAUCGACAUCCGGUUACUAAAUGGCGCCGGGAGGCAGCUGGAUUCGCUCUUUGAUAGUUUUACCAACCCGGAAAAUACGCAACGGCGAUAAGCCCUUGGCUUCGGAGGUUUUGACCAGCUACUUACUACAAACUGAGGAACCACCUUGGACUUCGUACUUUGUGAAGUACGCUGAUGUGGUAAACGAUCAACGAGGUAUGUCCCAUUUCAACUGGCCCGUUGGAAAAAGCAAUUAUCACGUUUUGAGGACAGGUUGUUAUCCCUACCUAAAGUAUCACUGCACAAAGAGAGCUAAGGAGGAUCUCAGUGCCGACAACACCCUUUUCAUGAUCAUCAAGAUAAUCAACCUUGGAAUUCCUACAUUGAUAUAUGGACUGACGGCCACGCAGCUAAUUCGUCAUCGCGAAAUCGUUAAAACUCCUCAUGGCAACGUGACUAUUCAUUUCUUAUUGCCGGAGGAUAAAGGCUCCCGGUAUUAGCGUUUCAUGCACAGUACUUAUUUUACACCUUGUAUUCUGUCCAAUUAUUGCGAAUAAAGUAUUCCAAACG